AUCACAUACUCAUCAACCGCCAAGCUUACAUCACAUUUCCGUCUUCUGUAAUUUCCUGUCAUUCAUCGUUCCUCCCAAAAAUUGAUUUAAAUCUGAUCAGGCUUUCAGUCUAAGCAACACUGACCACAUCUUCCUUUUUUCCAUAGUUAUUUUAUUUUAUUUUACUUUUAACGUUCACUUCCACGAUCAAAUGCCGGAACUAUUAAGGUAAACACGGGUUUCUAGACGGACCUUCACUAUUGGUGCACCAACUCUAACCAUGAGCCACUAGGUCCUGGAGAUUAUGAAUUUAGGACAGAAAAUGAAGGAAUGUUGUGCUCAAGAAAAGCGGAAUAAAUUUGAAAAGUGAACUUCAUCCAAACCAGUAGGACGGCGGGAGAGAGUGUGUGUGUGUGUGUGUGUGUAACAGUGAUGCAGCACAGCAGUACUUCGGCUCCGUUUCGUUGGCAGCGCAGCGACAACUCCUUCGCUUUUAACUUUUCUCCAGAGAUUGCUCCCUCCUUGCCCCAAAGCAUCAUGGAUCCUAACGAGUCGCAUCCAGGACACGCUGCAGAUUCAGAAGCCAGCUCGGGUUUCGCUUUCAACUUCCAGAUCCCUGCAGGAACAGAGCAGAAGAGUGAUCUGAAACCCAGCGCAGGGAAAACGGUGAUGAGUGAAGCAGCUAAAGGCUCGGAGUCGAGUGCGGAUUCAAAACCUAAUUCCAAGAAGAAGAAGAAGAAGAAGAAAUCAGGAGCGGGUGGAGGAGAGGAAGCUGUACCGGAAGCUGUGCCUAGGCAGGAGAGCACUGAACUGACUCCAGAGCAGCAGCUAAGUCGAGAGUUGGACUGGUGUAUUGAGCAGCUUGAGUUGGGACUGAGGACUCAAAAAUCCUCCACCAAACAAAGAGAGGAAGCCUCUCGUGCUCUAAAGACUCUGCGCAGCUCCAAAGCACCGAUGGUGAAGAAGAGGCAGGUGAUGAGAGCCGUGUCCGGAGAUUACCGCAAAAAGAUGGAGGAGGAAAAAGACAGACAGUACAAACUGAUCUGCUCAGCGAUGUCCUCGGCGAAGGUGUCGUGUGUGUCAGAGCCUUGUUGUGGAUCGGUGUACCACCGGCGCGCUGAGACUCACAGACCUCCAGCACACAGCACAGACGCUAGCCAGGCUUCACUUCCUGCUGAGCAGACAGACGGAGUCGGGGACAGAUUCGUGUUCAGACCUUCAGGAGAGGAGUUUCGCUUCAACUUCAACCUCUGAUCGUCCUCUCUGCGCGGAAAAACCCAACCACGCCGUGUGACUUUAUAAACGUGUAUUUUUCUAAAAUGAAGUAUACAGCAUUCUGAUGUUGUUCAAUAAAACUCCUGCUGCCGUUUCAGGGUGACUGCGGAGCUGAGAAACGUCAGAGAAUCUGCUCUUGUCCUUUUGUCUUUAGGAACAAACAGUGAAACCUGAAUGUUGUGUUUGCGAUGGUUGAAAAUUGUUCUCCUAUUAAACUCCACUGUCAGAGCGCUAACAAUAAUAACAA